AUGGCCCUUUUUUUGGUGCGANCUUUUCUGCUGAGGCUUCAUUUUCAUAUUUUUGUCCUACAGAGUGCCUCACCAGUUGUGGAUGGAUUGGAUCCAAAUGGAAUGAUCAUGUACCGACUUUUUAGAGAUGCUACACUUUAUACUGAUGGCACACAUGUAAAGGAUCUAUCUUCAUUAAACCGCGACCUCUCUAAAGUUAUCAUGAUUGACUGUGACGAAAAAGCUCCUAAGGACAACAUACGAAACGCCAUUAUUCUGAAAAAGUGGGAAGGCGACCCCAAUGACAGAACAUUGUUUGAUCUCAUACCUUUUCUUCAAACCAUUGCCACGUCGAACGUUGAAGAUAUUCGCUCAGUGUUAGACUUUUAUCGGCAAGAGGAUGAUAUAAUUGAAGCUUUCAAACGAAACCAGGCUCGGCUUCGUGAAGCUGAGGAAGCCAGAUCACCACAGCAAGGUGCGAGAUCAUCAUGGACUGGAAUGUUUGGAAGAGGUUUCAGCUUUGGCCGAUCCAACAACAAAAGCCCGAGGGAAAGGGAAUUUCUGAAAAGGAACUUCAGGUAAAUCCAGAGAGCAAGUGAACGCUCCACGACUGAACAAUACAGAGUUUAUCGUACAAAUAAGCGCAGAGCAGAAUGAGUAUGUCAGCAGUGCAGAUGAAUGUCAGUUUCUUGCAGGUUUUGUCUGAAUUUUACGACGAGGACAGAUCAAUGAACAGUCGUUAUUGUAUUCAAGGAUGUGAGGAAAAACAGAUACGUGUGCAACGUUAGCUCAGCGUCGAAAUUUGAUAAGCCAUUUGUUAGAAUAUUAUGUUCCAACCGCACGAAAACCC